AAAUAUGCCGUAUAUUAAGAGCAAAUUAGACAACAUUUAAUCCAUUUGAAAGUGACUCUCGUUUGAAAUAACUUCGAUCAAAGUGUUUCAUUUCUCUCAACGGAGAAAAAUAAAAUAAAAGUUUUCUAAAUAUUAUCCGUGCCUUUCAUAGCAUCUGAAACUUUCGCAAAUAUCAAAAUGCGUGCGACAACUAUAUUCAUAAUAGUGGCGACCAUCGCCUUAGUCCUCGUGGCUCUCACUCCUCAGUCCACCGAAGCAUCCAAGAAGAAGCUCAAGAAACUGAAGAAAUUGGCGGCACUCGCCUUCUUAGCCAAAUCCAAGAAGAAGAUUCUGAUCCCCCUUCCCCUCCCUCUUCCUCUUCCCAUUCCUAUCAUUACAUCCAAACAACAAGUUUACUACAAAGAGAGUUAUCCGGAGCCCAGCUAUGACUCGUAUGGCGGCGGAGACUCGUACGGUGGCGGCGGAUAUGGAGGUGGAGACGGAGGCUAUUAA